CUUGGUGACAGGGCAGGACAGAGCAAAGAAGGCUGGGAGUUUGGAAUGACCUUCCCAUCUGUGAAGGCCAACACUCAACCAUAAUAGAAGAUGUAGAAAAUAAGAAACAAGUUAAAACAAAAAUUUCAAUGUGGAUUUCCAACCCUGACCAAUGUUACAGUUGAAUGUAGACAAGGCAUAAGAAAGGGACCAUAAAUCUUCUCUGGUGAAAGGGUUUCCACACUCCUGUUCAAUGCACACUGCGUCUCAGCUGCUGCAGCCUCCCGGGGGUUCUUUGGUGGAAUUGUCCUUUGGAAUGAUAUUUUCAUAAUGAGUCAACAAGGUUAUGUGGCCACACCGCCCUAUUCUCAGUCCCAGCCAGGAAUAGGCCUCUCUCCACCUCAUUAUGGGCACUAUGGCGAUCCUUCCCAGGCAACUGCUCCACCAGGUAUGAUGAAGCCAGUCGGGAGCCUGGGGGCUGCUGCCCCUGGGCUGAUGGUGUCUCCUGGCCCACCUCCUGGACCCCAUCAGUUAGGCCAGAAUGGAGCUCAUGCCUCAGGUCAUUCUCCCCAAAGAUUUUCAGGCCCUCCACCUGCCAACAGUGUGGCACCCUCUUAUGCUCAGUACCAGCCCUCUACGCCAUCCUCUUAUCCAGGUCCUGUGUCCACUUCCGCUGUCACCCACCUGGGCAGUCAGCUCAGUCAGCUGCAGAUCAACAGCUAUGGCUCAGGCAUGGCUGCCCCCAGCCAGGGGCCCCCAGGCCCUCCACCAGCAGCGUCCUUCCAGGCUCCUCCACGACCUCCACAGCCGUCCAUCUUACAGCCUGGGUCCCAGGUUCUCCCACCGCCCCCGACCACACUGAAUGGCCCCGGGGCCUCACCGCUGUCUCCACCAGUGCCCAGGCAGGAUGGGCUCCCUGGGCCGCCACCUCUGAGUGCCCAGUACCAGCCUCCGCCACCUCCAGGCCCUGCACCCAGUGCUGGGUAUCCUCCACAGCAGCAGGCAGCCCACUACGGCCCACAGAUGGCAGGCGCUCAGCUCUCCUACCCUGGAGGCUUCCCUGGAGGUGCUGCUCAGAUGGCUGGGCCUCCCCCGCCCCCAAAGAAGCUGGAUCCAGACUCCAUCCCCAGCCCUAUCCAGGUGAUCGAGAAUGACAGAGCUACGAGAGGGGGACAAGUUUAUGCCACCAACACUAGAGGCCAGGUGCCUCCUCUGGUCACCACAGAUUGUGUGAUACAAGACCAAGGCAACGCUAGCCCUCGAUACAUUCGCUGCACCACGUACUGUUUCCCGUGCACGUCAGAUAUGGCUAAGCAGGCUCAGAUUCCUCUAGCUGCUGUCAUUAAGCCCUUUGCCACAAUUCCUUCAAAUGAGACUCCCCUUUACUUGGUAAAUCAUGGAGAAAGUGGACCAGUGAGAUGUAACAGGUGCAAGGCCUACAUGUGCCCAUUCAUGCAGUUCAUCGAGGGAGGAAGAAGAUACCAGUGCGGGUUCUGCAGCUGUGUGAAUGACGUUCCACCAUUCUAUUUCCAACAUCUGGACCACAUUGGAAGAAGACUGGACCACUAUGAGAAGCCUGAGUUAUCGCUGGGAUCAUAUGAAUUUGUUGCUACUUUGGAUUACUGCAGAAAGAAUAAGCCUCCCAGCCCACCAGCCUUUAUCUUCAUGAUUGAUGUUUCAUAUAGUAACAUAAAGAAUGGCCUUGUCAAGCUCAUAUGUGAAGAACUGAAGACUGUGCUGGAGAAACUUCCAAAGGAGGAACAAGAAGAGACAUCUGCAAUCCGAGUUGGUUUUAUCACAUAUAAUAAAGUCCUCCAUUUCUUCAACGUGAAGAGUAAUCUGGCCCAGCCCCAGAUGAUGGUGGUGACUGACAUUGGUGAAGUCUUUGUUCCACUGCUGGAUGGGUUCCUUGUCAACUAUCAAGAAUCUCAGUCUGUGAUUCACAAUCUAUUGGACCAGAUUCCUGAGAUGUUUGCAGACUCUAAUGAAAAUGAGACUGUCUUUGCUCCUGUCAUCCAGGCUGGCAUGGAAGCAUUAAAGGCAGCAGAAUGUCCUGGGAAGCUGUACAUCUUCCAUUCUUCCUUGCCAACUGCUGAAGCACCAGGGAAACUAAAAAACAGAGAUGACAAAAAACUGAUUAAUACAGACAAGGAGAAGAUACUUUUCCAGCCCCAAACGAGCAUCUAUGACUCCUUGGCCAAGGACUGUGUGGCACAUGGCUGCUCCGUGACCGUCUUCCUCUUCCCCAGCCAGUACGUGGAUGUGGCAUCUUUGGGGCUUGUCCCUCAGCUCACUGGAGGAACUCUUUACAAAUACAACAAUUUCCAGAUGCAUUUGGAUAGCCGACAAUUUUUGAACGACCUCAGAAAUGACAUUGGAAAGAAAAUAGGCUUUGAUGCUAUUAUGAGAGUUCGUACCAGCACAGGCUUCCGAGCCACUGAUUUCUUUGGUGGAGUUUUCAUGAACAACACCACUGACGUGGAAAUGGCUGCCGUUGACUGCGACAAGGCCGUGACUGUGGAAUUCAAGCAUGACGACAAGCUGAGUGAAGACAGUGGCGCCCUCAUCCAGUGUGCUGUGCUUUACACGACCAUCAGUGGCCAAAGAAGACUUCGGAUUCACAAUCUUGGCUUGAACUGCAGCUCCCAGUUAGCUGACCUUUAUAAGAGCUGUGAGACAGAUGCCCUGAUCAACUUCUUUGCCAAGUCAGCCUUUAAAGCAGUUUUACACCAGCCUUUGAAGGUCAUCCGGGAAAUUCUGGUUAAUCAGACUGCCCACAUGUUGGCAUGCUACCGCAAGAACUGCGCGAGUCCAUCUGCCGCAAGCCAGCUUAUUCUUCCAGAUUCCAUGAAAAUAUUGCCUGUGUACAUGAACUGUUUAUUAAAAAACUGUGUGCUGCUCAGUAGACCAGAGAUCUCCACAGAUGAGCGGACGUACCAGAGGCAGCUGGUCAUGACGAUGAGUGUGGCCGACUCGCAGCUCUUCUUCUAUCCACAGCUCCUGCCAAUACACACACUAGACGUGAAGAGCACCACACUGCCUGCUGCUGUCCGCUGCUCUGAGUCUCGCCUUUCCGAAGAAGGCAUAUUCCUCCUCGCUAAUGGUCUGCACAUGUUCCUGUGGCUGGGAGUGAGUAGCCCCCCAGAACUGAUCCAAGGCAUAUUUAAUGUGCCAUCCUUUCAACAUAUCAACACAGAUAUAGCAUUGCUGCCUGAGGUGGGAAAUCCACACUCUCACCAACUCAGAAUGAUAAUGAGUAUUAUCCAACAAAAGAGGCCAUAUACAAUGAAGCUCACAAUAGUAAAGCAGCGCGAGCAGCCAGAAAUGGUUUUUCGACAGUUCCUGGUAGAAGACAAAGGACUUUAUGGAGGAUCAUCUUACGUGGAUUUCCUUUGUUGUGUACACAAGGAAAUAUCUCAGCUGCUUAACUGAAUCAUCUCUGUUGUUGAGUUGUAUUUCCAAGGAGACAGUCUCCUUCCUGGUGCCUAAUUCUGCCAGUGACAGUAGGUUAAUUGUCUUUUCCUGAUCAUUUUCAGAAUAGCUUUCCAAGAUGGCAUUUAGAAGUUCAGUUUUGGUGCUAAAGUAUAAAGCCAAUGAAGGUACAGUUGUACCCUAAAGAAAACAGCCUAUUUCUGACUGCACACUUUUUAAUUUCUAAAACUGACUCAGUUUGCAUUUCAUGAAAAGUAUGGUGUCUUAGUCCCUUUGUUGCUGAGACGAGAUGCCCAACACCCACCACGUACAGAGGGGAGGCUUACAGUACAGUCCACGGUCGUGGUCAGCUUCAGGGCCACAGCAGCACGCAAAGGGGCGCAGAGGAGGAAGGCCGCUUCAGUUGUGGUGGCCAGGAAGCGGAGUGAAGGGCAGAGCCAGGGAGAGAGGCAUGCUUCCGGGUCGCAUGCAGUGCCCCCUCUCCAGCCAGGCCAUGCCUAACAGCCGGUCAGCUGUGAACCCAUCAGUGGACCAAUCCCUGUGAGGACAGUGUCCCCACGACCCAGUCACUUCCGAACACGAGAAUUUCUGAGGCCAUUUCAGAUCCAAACCAUGAUAUAUACUUUAUACUCUCAAUGUUCUUUGUCUUAGACAUAUAAAUUAUUUUUCAAACUGUAUAGAUUUGAGGUAGUGUCGUCUUGGUUUUUCUCCCAUUUGCCACAAGGGGAGAAAACAAAUUUUACAGUAUACCUAAUUUUUAAAACAUAUAAAUCCAAUGAACACAUUUUCAGUCUAAAGUUUGCACAGCAAACUUUUAGUAACCUUGGAAUCUGAUAGAACAGUUUUUGUUCUACUUUGUCAAAGCUAUUUUCCAGUUGUCUUAUCUAUAAAACUGUCUUUAUCAAUAUUCACAAUAGCUCUUUGUACAAUUUUACAGUUUCUACUUGUACAUAAUGGAUCUUAGCCAGUAUCAAUAAAUCACUUCAUAUACUC